CCUCCCUUCACUCCUCCCUUGCAACUUACCCACCUCAUCCUCCCUCCCCUUCUCUGCCACCGGGGGAAUAAAUCAGAAAAGGAAACGGAGAGAGGGAGAAGCUGUGUGAGCUGAGAUCUGUUACUAAAGUAUCACUGAUGGCGGCUGAUCAGAUCUGGCUGCCAGUUUAAGUGAAUGGUUUGAUUAGACUCAGCACAGUUUCCCUUAUCGCCGCCUGGAUUUUAGUAUUUUUUUCUUUUCCUCAUAAUUAUUAUUAUAUAUUUUUUUAUUUUUAUUAUUUUUAUACCCAUAUACCCGUAGAUUCUUUCUGGAUAGGAGAUUUGCCUGUUAGAUUGUGAAGAUGGCUGCAUCCUGGUUACUAAUCUUUAGUCUGACACUUUUCCAUACCUUGUUGAUAUGCCCUUCAACAGAAGAAUACUUCCCCCCUCCUUUAACGAUUAAACAAUGGGUGGAUAAAAUGCAAAAUGACCUUGUAACCUUGGCCAGAACAGCAAGCGGUGUGGACCAACUUGCGGAAAUUUACUUGAAAAACAAGCACUUAUAUACUGUUGAAGCCAAUAAUGCAGAACAGCUGGUGAAAAGUGCAGCCACAAAUAUUGAAAAACUCUUAAUGAACCGUUCCAAAGCUCUUGUGCGUCUGGCAGAAAAGGCUGAGCAAUUUCAAGAAUCACAUCAGUGGAGAGAUGAGUUUGGGAAUAAUGACAUUGUUUAUUACAACGCAAAGGAUGAACAGAAUGAUUCGGAGAAGAAUGAAAGUGAUACUGGAAGUCAAAAAAUCAAGCCAGUGUUUCAGGAUGAUCCUGUCUUUCGGAGAGAAACCUCUUACCAGCAUUCUGCUGUUCACAUUCCUACAGACAUUUAUGAGGGCUCUACCAUUGUGCUGAAUGAGCUCAAUUGGACUGCGGCUUUAGAUGAGGUGUUCAAAAAAAAUCACCAAGAGGAUGAAACUCUGUUGUGGCAGGUAUUUGGAAGUGCAACUGGUCUAGCAAGGUACUACCCAGCUUCUCCGUGGGUGGAUAAAAGCAGAACUCCAAAUAAAAUAGAUCUUUACGAUGUGCGGAGAAGACCAUGGUAUAUUCAAGGUGCUGCAUCGCCGAAAGACAUGCUAAUCCUAGUGGAUGUGAGUGGAAGUGUUAGUGGACUCACAUUGAAGCUGAUAAGAACCUCUGUGUCUGAGAUGUUGGAAACUCUGUCAGAUGAUGAUUUUGUGAAUGUGGCUGCAUUUAACAACAAUGCUCAUGAUGUGAGUUGCUUUCACCACCUUGUCCAAGCAAAUGUUAGAAAUAAGAAGGUGUUAAAAGAAGCUGUUAACAAUAUCACAGCCAAAGGAACAACAGACUACAAAACUGGCUUCCAAUUUGCUUUUGAUCAGCUGCGCAAUACAAAUGUGUCCAGAGCCAACUGUAACAAGAUCAUUAUGCUGUUCACUGAUGGUGGGGAGGAUAAAGCGAAAGAAACAUUUGAGACCUACAAUAAAAAUAAAACUGUCCGUGUAUUUACUUUUUCUGUUGGUCAGCAUAAUUAUGACAAAGGACCCAUUCAGUGGAUGGCUUGUCAAAACAAAGGUUUUUAUUAUGAAAUCCCAUCUAUUGGAGCAAUAAGGAUCAAUACACAGGAAUAUUUAGAUGUCCUUGGACGACCAAUGGUUCUGGCAAGAGAAAAAGCAAAGCAAGUACAGUGGACUAAUGUUUACUUGGAUGCACUGGAGCUUGGUCUUGUCAUUACUGGAACACUGCCUGUUUUCAAUCUUACAGUAGACCAUAAUGGAAAGAAAAACCAGCUGAUACUUGGAGUCAUGGGAGUUGAUGUUUCUUUGAAAGAUAUCAAGAGACUUACACCUCGUUUUACUCUGUGCCCCAACGGAUAUUAUUUUGCACUUGAUCCAAAUGGUUAUGUACUACUUCAUCCAAAUCUUCAACCAAAGCCUGUAGGUGUAGGUAUCCCCAUGGUAAAUUUGAGAAAGCAAAGGCCUGAUGUCCAGAACCCCAAAUCUCAGGAGCCAGUAACACUAGAUUUUCUGGAUGCAGAACUGGAAAAUGAGCAAAAAGUUGAGAUACGUAACAAGAUGAUCGAUGGAGAAAUUGGGGAACUUCAGUUCAAAACACUAGUCAAAUCUCAAGAUGAGAGAUAUAUUGACAAAGGAAAUAGAACGUACAGAUGGGGUCCAGUGAAUGGAACAGAUUACAGUCUUGCCUUGGUCUUACCAUCCUACAGCUUCUACUACAUUAAAGCCAACUUAGAAGAGACAAUAACACAAGCAAAAUCCAAAAGGGGCAAAAUGAAGGAUUCCGAAACUCUGAAGCCUGAACAUUUUGAUGAUGUUGGAUACACUUUCUUAGCACCAAGGGAGUAUUGCAGUGACCUCAAGAUAUCCACCAAUAACACAGAAUUCCUUUUGAACUUUAAUCAGUACAUAGAUCGCAAAACCCCAAGUAGUCCAGAAUGUAUCAAAGACAUGAUUAACAGAGUGUUGCUGGAUGCAGGGUUUACAAAUGAACUUGUGCAUCUUCACUGGAGUGGUCCAUUACCUAAGGGAAUAAUUGCUAGAUUUGUAUCAACGGAUGGCGGAAUUACAAGGGUGUAUCCAAAAUCUGCCGGAGAGAGCUGGUUUGAAGAUCCAGAAACAUAUGAAAACAGCUUCUACAAACGUAGUUUGGAUAAUGACAACUAUGUUUUUACAGCUCCUUACUUCAACAAGACUGGCGUGCCCAAUUAUGAAGCUGGUAUAAUGGUCAGCAAGGGUGUAGAAAUAACAGUUUAUGGUAAACUGCUUAAACCUGCGGUUGUUGGAGUAAAAAUAGAGUUCGACAGCUGGAUGGAAAAUUUUACAAAGACUACAACCAAACCUGGGUGCAAGAAGGAAGCAUGCGGUUGCCAAAUGGACAGUACACAAUUGGACUGCAUAAUUCUCGAUGAUGGUGGAUUUCUUUUGAUGUCAAAUCAAGCUAAUUACAAUACACAGAUUGGCAGAUUCUUUGGGGAGAUUGAUCCAAGCUUUAUGAGACAUUUAGUUAAUAUUUCUGUCUACGCCUUUAAUAAGUCUUAUGACUACCAGUCUGUGUGUGAUCCUGGAGAUGAACCAGUUAAAACAGCUGGUCCUCGCUCUGUAUUUGUGCCUACCAUAGCAGAUAUUUUAAACCUUGGGUGGUGGGCUUCUGCUGCUGCUUGGUCUAUUUUACAGCAAUUGUUCUGGAGCAUUACUUUUCCACGGUUUUUAGAAGCAGCUGAAUUUGAUGAUGACGAUUUCUCAGCUUCUCUUUCAAAACAAAGCUGUAUAACUGAGCAAACCCAGUACUUUUUCGAAAAUGAUAGCAAAUAUUUUGCUGGUCAUCUAGACUGUGAGAACUGCACAAGAAUUUACCAUGUUGAAAAGCUUUUGAACACCAAUUUAUUAUUUAUAAUUGUUGACAGUAAAGCAUCGUGUGAGGCUUGUACUAAACCACCUCUAAUACAAGCAGAGCAGCGUUCUAACGGACCAGACCCAUGCCUGCUUGCUCAGAUGCCAAGAUACAGAAAGGGGCCAGAUGUCUGCUUUGACCAAGAUAUUAUGGAAGAUGAUAGUGACUGUGGUGGGGUCUCUGGACUGGCUCCUUCACUUUGGUCCAUGAUAGGCAUCCAAUUUGUUCUGCUUUGGCUGCUAUCUGGUAGCAAGCAUUGUCCAUUAUGACCCUGAAAAUUAAAACCCUUGUAUCAAUGUCGACAUCCUGCCAAAAGAUAAGCCCUGGAAUUACCUUAAAUAUGGUCACUUUAUUCAGACUGAAGAAUGGAUGUGCCCAUACAGAAACUAAAAAUAUGUGAAAAUGUAUGAAGACACCAACAAAGGCUGCAUGUUGGAGUUUCAAUUUCUCAAUGGCAACUUAUGUGAAUGCUGCGUCAUCUAUGACUUUAGAACUGAAAUCUACAGUAAUUGUGCUUUAUUGAACACUCCACGAUGAUCUCUUUGUUGCAUCGUCAAUGACUUUAUGUAAAAGGGCUCCCUUUAAUAUGGCUUCUGUACAACAUGAUUUGUAUCAAUUAAUUUGAAUUCAGGUUUGUUGCACUUCUAGCCCUUCAUGCGUCCACUUGUGUAAACCAAUAAUUUUAUUAUUGUGCACUGUGUUUAAAACACUACUACUGCUUUCAAAAUAUUAUUAUAUGUAAAAAGUGAAAAUUGAUCAUGUUUUAGUCAAGCAAAAAUAUUAGUUGGUCUAAACUGUUCAUAUAAACUGAAAUGCCUUAUCUAUUGGAUGGCUCGUUUGCCAAAUAUGGUGCAAAAUACAACCUGGUAUCUAAUGGAAUUUCUGUUUUCUUAGAAUCGUAAGUGAUUUGCCAUGCAUAGGACAUGCAAUUUGCGAGAUACAAGGGGUACUUUAAGUAAAAACCAGGUGAUUUAAGACUUUCUGAAUGCAGUGUGAGCCCUGUUUUAACAACAUUGCUUUUGUAAGUGUGCUCUGGAAAAUUAAUGCUAACCAAAUGCUUCUGAAUCAUCAGAAAUGUAUAAGAACAAAAUCAUGUUUUUGGUUAGGGUACAUUGAUUACCAAUGGUAUUUAGCAUGUUGAUGCUGCUGCUACUUCAAUGAUUAGAUUUUUUUUUUAUUUGCUCUUUCUUUUGACGGUAGGCUAUAGUCUUGUUACAGAGUGACUGUUUUGUUGUGUGACAAAUUAAGCUUUGCAAUGUGAUACAGUUCAGUCUGCUUUGAUGAAACUUGCUAGAUAUACUAUUGUGCAUUGAAAUUGUGUAUAUGAAUGUAAAGAGAGUAUCAUUCACAGUAAAGGAUAUCAUAGACAAUUAUUGAUCCGUGUUUGAGGAUAUGGACUAUAGUACUCAAAAACAAAUUAUCUAAUCAGAUUUCACCUUUAAAUAUAAUAUAAUGAUUCUAAUACUGUUCAGCAUUUACAGGCUAAAACAUCUGACACCCAGUAAGGGUGAAUAACAUGUUACUUAAAGAAAUGGCACUGAAAUUAUGGGGGUUUGGAGGGUAUGUUAUACAGUGUGUGUGCAUCUAUCUAUCUAUCUAUCUAUCUAGACAUGUCUAUAGACAUAUACAUAUAUAUAUCUUGGUGUAAUUGUACCAGUAAAGUGAUACAGAUUCAAAACAAGGAAAUAUAUCCAGUAAUACCUCUCUUUUUUAUUACAUUAACAGUAUUUUAAAGGAAUGAGCUUUUAUAAAACCAAGUCAAAAACUAUACUAGAUACUCCCAUAUGCUGCUAUUAUUAUAUAUAUCGUUAAUACAAUGUUAAACACAAAUCUGCAUACCAGUCAAGCCAUAAGACUUGCUUUUCCCACGGAAAAUAGAUAUAACCUUAAAAUACUUAACACCCCUCACCAUUGACUUUGACCAGGUACAUAAUAUACAGAUAUUACCUUUUCUGUGAGAAAAGCAAGUCUUAUGGCUUGACUGGUGUGCAGAUUUUUGUUUAACGUUGUAUUAACUAUCCACAGACUUCAGGUGGAAGGGGUUUAAAUUCGCAAUUAUUUCCCCACCAUAACCUUUUUGGUUUUUGAUAUAUUAUUAUUCCAAAGGAUCCAUGCACUCCGGCUGAAUCUGUAAUUAUUUGCCAGGUGCUGCAAAUACAUAAAUACACAUGAUCUGCAUGUUAUUUUAUGUUUUCUCUUCCCAUACUGCAUAGACGGUGAUUUAUCACCAAUUUUUCCCCAAAUAAAAAUUGAAUAUUAUAUGGAUCACAUCUAUACAUUCUGGGGGCCUUAAUCUCAAGCAGACCUGGGGCACACAAGUCUUGUUGUUCCCAAGAUUAAUGAGGGCUACUCUGUGUUAACUGACAACAUUCUAUUAGCUGGCCCACCAGACUGUAAUCAAUGUCUAAUGUAAUCAGACUGUAUCAAAAUAUAAUCUGAGCAGGACACAUCCUUCCCUUAACAACUACACAACACUACACUACACUUGCCAAACACUAACCACUAUCAUACCCAUUAACGCCUACACUACUCCACACUAUUACUAAGCAUUAUAUAAAAUAGCAGCUGUUUGGGGGAGGUUGGGAGGAGGCUAAAUACAUGUAAAAUAACAAAAUGUAUUUAUCUAUAUUCAUAUAUAUGUAUAUAUGAAUAUGCAGUACUAUGUAUAUUCAUAUAAUGGAAUGAAAAUAUCUGUACUUUAAUAUCUUUC